CUCCCCCAAACUUCCCAAAGUCUGCAUAGCCUUAAGAGACCAUGCAGUUCUCGCGCAUGCACACUCAACAAUGGCGCCCAGAAUAGACGACCGCUGGCUUUGGCUCGGCCUUGGCGUAUUCACUUUCAUCGCUAUAAAAGGCGUAGCCCACGGUCUUCGCACCAUCGUGCACCUAACCGAAGUUCACACCAAGCCGCCACAACCCUCAAACCCCCUCCCCGCGCGCGGCAAAGAAGACGCCAUAAAAACCGCCUCGCUCGAAAUCCUCGCCACAUGUGACAAUGUCGAGAUCCGCAAAGCCGCGACCAAGAUCCUGUGCGAGCGGUUCUUUGCGCACGGGCCCUCGCGCACUAGACUGCUAAGAGAGCUUAGCAGUCCAAAUGCUACGGUGCAGCGUAGAGCGAGACUUGCGUUUAAUCUGCUUUGUGAUUAUGGCGUCGUACAAGAGGUUGUUUUGCCGCCUACGCCGCGCACCCUGAGAGCUGAGAGACGUCCGGAUCCGAAUGCCACGUUGACAUGGUUGGAUGGGCGGACGAAUCGGCCGAGGAAUCAUGAAGGAAGUAGUGCUGAGGAGAGGGAUUUGCGAAGGAGGAGGCGAGAGGCUAUGGUGAUAAACGAAGGGGAUAGGCCAGUUAGUCAAGAGGAUGUUUGGAUGAGAGAUGGAACUGGCAGAAUGAGUUCGGAGGAGACUAGGGAUCCUAGGGAGUUGUACGCCGAUUUGAGGAGAUUGGCGGAUGCCCUGGCAAGUGCGGAUCAGACGGCUGAGGGGCUGAGGGUGAGGCUGGAACAUUUGGGUUUCGAUACGGAGUGAACUGGAGGGACCGGGAAUCGUGGGGAUUCAUUUGCAUUUGAUACCCUAGGCGUUGGUGCUUUGAUUUUGC